UUUGAGAAAGGAGGCUGCGCGUGAGCUAUUUGGCAUCAUGAGGUACCAGAGAAGAAAGAACAAAUAAGUCCCGUCGCAGGAGACCGGCAGGGGGUGUUUCACCAUCCCGGAUUUUACAGGCGCCACACGAGGACAUUUGAGCGCAAAGAAGACCUUUUUUGGACUCGUAAAUCGUGAGGUUGGAGUUGGAGCUUUCGGCCCACAUCUGAUGAGUGGCUGAAGACUCAAGGAACCAACAAUGGAUAAAAACUUGUUCGGAGGAGUCCCCAGGUUCCUCACCCGCCCGAAGGCGUUCUCGGUGUGCGCCGGCAAGGACGCCACGCUGAGCUGCACCAUCGUGGGCAGCCCGACGCCGCUGGUCACCUGGGAAAAGGAGAAGCUGAAGCUGACCUCCGGGGGACGCUUCAAAACCGUGGAGGAUGGAGACGUGUACCGCCUCACCGUCUACGACUUGACUCUGGAGGACAGCGGCCAGUUCAUGUGCCGCGCCAGAAACAGCGUCGGGGAAGCCUACGCCGCCGUGACCCUCAAAGUGGCCCUGCCGGGAGAGAUGGCUCCGAGGGCCCCGGCCUUCACGGUUAAGCCCGCCCCGGCGCGCGUGGCCUUGGGAGACGACGUCGUCUUCCACUGCCGAGUUGUGGCUCACCCCGAGGCCAACUUCGACUGGGAGAAAGACGGGCGCUACUUGGGGGAGAGCAACCGCAUCAAGAUUGUUUCUGACAGUGACGGCAGCAUUUUGAAGAUCCAGAGCGUGCGCAACCUCGAUGGCGGAACCUACACCUGCAGGGCCCAGAACACCGUCGGCCGGUCGCACUGUGCGGCGGCCUUAGUCGUGGACGCCCAAGACUCCCGCCACCUGGCCGCAGACAAGAACACCUCCCUCCUUUCUCACCUGCAAAAGCGCAAGGAGGAAAUGAACAAGGACAUCUCUCUGUAUCGCACCGGGGAAAGCCGGUCCUCCGUCUCCUCCUCCUCCUCCUCCUCUAAUGCCAACGUCGCCGACAGUUCUCCGAGUCUGGAUAACGAGCUGAGGGCGUCCGCGCUGGCAAAGCUGCCCAAGGGCGUGUUCACCCGCACCUGCACGGUGACCGAAGGCAAGCACGCCAAGCUCAGCUGCUUUGUGACCGGUCACCCGAAGCCCCACAUCACCUGGAGGAAGGAUGGAGCAAACAUCCGCGAGGGCCGCAGGCAGGUCAUUUACGAGGACCACGCUGAGAACUUCAUCCUCAAGAUCCUCUAUUGCAAGCAGACCGACAACGGUCUCUACACCUGCAACGCGACCAACAUGGCCGGCCAGACCUACAGCGCCGUGUUGGUCACAGUCAAAGAGCCUAAAGUGCCAUUCAGGAGGAAGCUUCAGGAUGUAGAGGUUCAGGAGAAGGCGUCCGCCACGCUGAUGUGUGAGGUUCCUGUUAGUGCGACCAUGUCCAACUGGUUCAUGGAGGAGACGCGGCUGCAGCAAAGCACCAAAUAUUACAUGGAGCAGGAAGGCACCCUUCGGCGUCUCACCAUACACAAUGUCACCACCAACGAUGACGGAGUUUACAUCUGCGAGAUGAAGGAGGGCAGUCGCACCGUGGCUGAGCUCACCGUCCUGGGGAACAUAACUAAGAAACUUCCCCGCAGGACGGUGGUACCCGUCAGUGACACCGUCAUCUUCUGCGUGGAGCUGGAGCAGCCCUUCCCAGAUGCUCACUGGACUCGCGACGGAGACAAACUGCAGGAGGAUUCCCGUGUUUCCAUUGCGUGCGUGCUCAGACAAUACACGCUCACGAUUAGGGAUUGCCAGGCCGAUGACUCGGGAGAAGUGGCCUUUGUGGCUGGAGACUGCAAGACCUCCACUCGAUUCUCCGUCACCGCUGCAAGGAAGCAUCCUCCCGAUCCCCCAGUCGAUGCAGUGGUGCAGAACAAGACCGACUCGUCCGUCACCAUCCGGUGGUCUCCUCCCGACAGCGAGCGCCCUGUACCCAUCAAGGGCUACAUUGUGGAGAAGAGGAAGAUCGGCACUCAGACAUGGCAGAGGUGCAAUGCCGGCGAGACCAUUGUUUCAACAGAGGUCACCGUCUGCAGCUUCACGGAAGAAGCCACCUACCAGUUCCGCAUCUCCGCCAUGAAUGACUUUGGCCAAAGUCCUCACCUGGACGUGCCUGGAACCUUCUACCUCGAGCCCAGUGCUGAAAUCAAGAAAGGCCUGACGAGCAGCGUCGCACACUGCGGCGAGGAGUUCUCCAUCUCGGUGGAGCUGUCCGCCGUUUGCUCCUGCUUCUGGUCUCUGGGGGGCCGCCUGCUGCGCAGCGGAGCGGACUACCUGAUCACCAGGUCCAAGAACACGCACACGCUGCUCAUCCGUGUCGUGGCCAUGGAAAUGAACGGAGCCGAGGUGAAGUUUGUGGGCGGAGGCUCGCAGAGCAGCUGCAUCCUCACUGUGAAGGCUCCUCCUGUGAGGUUCACCAACAAGUCGGAUGUGGCGGAGGUGGUGGUCUGCAGCGCCCAAGCCACUGCUCAGCUGACCGCAGAGGUGUCGGAUUACGACGCGCAGGUGGUUUGGAUGAGAAAUGAGCGGGAGGUGAAAAUGGGAAAGAAGUAUGAAUGUCUGAUCAACGAGCGCAAGAGGAUCCUCACGGUGCACAAUGUUACCGAGGAAGACGUCGGCACCUACGAGUGUGUUUUAGCUGACGAUAGAAUGCCCCUGCGACUCGCUCUUAAAGACGAACCGGCCAAAUUUCUGAACAAAGCCAGAGGAACUGUGGGAAUGUCAUCGUCCCUCAAAGGAGACCUUGAGCUGAGCUGCGAGGUUUCUCCCGCCAGCGCGGCCGUCGCGUGGCGGAAAGAUCAAGUGGAGAUAACUGAGGACCAAAGAACUACCUUCGUCUCCAAAGGGACUCAAAGGAAACUCAUCAUCCGGAACGCCAAGAAAACCGACGAAGGACAUUACUCCUGCGAGACCGCGGCCGACAAAGUUACAUUCCAGGUCAAAAUAAAAGAAACUCAAGCCGUAGCUGCCUUCUCCAACAAGGAGUCAGUCCAGAAGGAGGUGAAAGCUUCUCUCUCCCAGAAGGCCACUCUCAGUUGCAGCGUUGCGGAUAGCAAGACAGAAGUGAAAUGGUGCAAAGACGGCAAGUCGUUGAUCUCCAGUCGGACUAUUUACUCGGAGAUGAAAGGCAACACCCGUCAGCUGGUGAUUGAAAAGGUGGAGAAGAGCGACGCUGGGGAGUACACGUGCGAAGCCGGGGGGGAUAAGCUGGUCUUCAAGAUAUUUGUUCCAGAGAUUCAAUCAGCUUUCUCCAACAAGGAGUCAGUCCAGAAGGAGGUGAAAGCCACUCUGUCGCAGAAAGCCACCCUGAGCUGUGAUGUUUCCGAUGCCAAGACGGAGGUGAAAUGGUGGAAGGACGGAAAGCUGCUGGCCACCAGCAAGACGAUCCGCACCGAGUCUACAGGCAGGAGUCGCCAGCUGUUUAUAGACAGCGUGGAGAAGAAGGACGCUGGAGAGUACGUCUGUGAGGCUGGGACUGAGAAGAUGGCUUUUAAGAUACACGUGGCAGAAGCCCAAUCAGCCUUCUCCAACAAGGAGUCAGUCCAGAAGGAGGUGAAAGCCACUCUGUCGCAGAAAGCCACUCUGAGCUGUGAUGUUUCCGAUGCCAAGACGGAGGUGAAAUGGUGGAAGGACGGAAAGCUGCUGGCCACCAGCAAGACGAUCCGCACCGAGUCUAAAGGCAGGAGUCGCCAGCUGUUUAUAGACAGCGUGGAGAAGAAGGACGCUGGAGAGUAUGUCUGUGAGGCUGGGACUGAGAAGAUGGCUUUUAAGAUACACGUGGCAGAGGCCCAAUCAGCCUUCUCCAACAAGGAGUCAGUCCAGAAGGAGGUGAAAGCCACUCUGUCGCAGAAAGCCACCCUGAGCUGUGAGGUCGCCGACACCAAGACGGAGGUGAAGUGGUGGAAGGACGGCAAGCUGCUGGCCACCAGCAAGACGAUACAUACAGAGUCGAGGGGUAAAAGCCGCCAGCUGGUGCUAGAGAGCGUGGAGAAGAAGGACGCUGGAGAGUACAUCUGUGACGUUGGGACGGAGAAGCUGGUCUUUAAAUUACAGGUGGAAGGUGCUUCGACGGAGGUCCAGGCUAAAUCCGCUUUUCUCAGCAAAGACUCGGUCCAAAAGGAAGUUAAAGCGACUCUCUCCCAGAAGGCCACCCUGAGCUGCGAGGUAGUCGAUAACAAAACAGAGGUGAAGUGGUCCAAGGAUGGAAAACUGCUGAGUAGCAGCAGAGCAGUUCACAUGGAAUCAAAGGGCCAGACCCGUCAGCUGGUGAUCGACAGCGUGGAGAGGAAGGAUGCAGGAGAAUACGCCUGUGAGGUCGGAACAGAAAAACUGGCAUUUAAAGUGCAGGUGACAGAAAGCCAAUCCAAGUCCUCCUUCUCCAACAAGGAGUCAGUCCAGAAGGAGGUGAAAGCCACUCUGUCGCAGAAAGCCACUCUGAGCUGUGAUGUCGCCGACGCCAAGACGGAGGUGAAAUGGUGGAAGGACGGAAAGCUGCUGGCCACCAGUAAGACGAUCCGCACCGAGUCUAAAGGCAGGAGUCGCCAGCUGGUGAUCGACAGCGUGGAGAAGAAGGAUGCUGGAGAGUACGUCUGUGAGGCUGGGACUGAGAAGAUGGCUUUUAAGAUACACGUGGCAGAGGCCCAAUCAGCCUUCUCCAACAAGGAGUCAGUCCAGAAGGAGGUGAAAGCCACUCUGUCGCAGAAAGCCACCCUGAGCUGUGAGGUCGCCGACACCAAGACGGAGGUGAAGUGGUACAAGGACGGCAAGCUGCUGACCACCAGCAAGACGAUCCGUGCGGAGUCCAGAGGCAAGAGUCGCCAGCUGGUGAUCGACAGCGUGGAGAAGAAGGACGCCGGAGAGUACAUGUGUGAGGCCGGGCCUGAGAAGUUGACAUUCAAGAUACAGGUGGCAGAAUCCCCGGCUGGCUUCUCCAACAAGGAGUCCGUCCGGACUGAGGUGAAAGCGUCGCUCUCCCAGAAAGCCACUCUGAGCUGUGAGGUUUCUGAUUCCAAGACUGAGGUGAAAUGGUACAAGGACGGCAAGCUGUUGACUUCCAGCAAAGCAGUCCACACGGAGUCCAGAGGCAGGAGUUGCGAGCUGGUGAUAGAAAAGAUGGAUAAAAAAGAUGUUGGAGAAUACACGUGUGAGGCCGGAACAGAAAAGCUGGUAUUUAAGCUUCAGAUGGCAGAUGAAACUGUCAAGUUCCAGAAGAAGCUCGUUAAGGACACAUGUACUGUUCAAGCUACUGAAAAGGUAGUUUUGACCACCGAGCUGACCAAAGAGUGCGGCAACGUGAAAUGGUUUAGAGAUGGCGUGGAGCUCAAGGAGGGGAGCAAGUACGAAAUGAAAAAAGAGGGCCUUUCUCGUACCCUGAUAGUGAAAUCAUCCGAAUCCAAAGACAGUGGAACGUACUCCUGUCAAACCGCUGAUGACAAACUGGAGUUCAAAGUUCAAGUUAAAGAUUCAGCUCUGAAGUUCGUGGUCCCUUUGAAAGCUGCCACGGUGGAGUUGGACGGCACACUCACCCUGAUGUGUGAACUGGAUCACGCCUCGGGGGACGUUGUCUGGCAGCGCGACGGUCGUGAAGUCAAACACGGGGGCCGGUACUGCGUCAGGGCGGACGGCGCUAAGCGGGUCCUCACUGUGACCGGCAUGACAAAAGAGGAUGAAGGAGAGUACAGCUGCGAAUGUAGAAAUGACAGGACCUCCGCCAAAGUCUCUUCUAAAGCACCCAGACUAGUGCGGCUAACCACAAAACCCAACAACGUGGCCGCGAUGGAGGGAAAGGACGCCAUUUUCAAGUGCGCCGUCAACCCGGCGGACGCCAACGUCAAAUGGUUCCACAACAGCAUACCCGUCACUGCCGGGCCCAAGUAUAAGAUGGAGCGGGGUGGAGGCAGCCACUCGCUCACCAUCACCUCCGUCACCCAAAAAGACGCAGGAGAGAUUAGCGUCGACGCAGAAGGCAAAAACUGCAAAGCUUCCCUUCAAGUGCAGCAUGAGCCCGUGACAUUCAAGAAAAAGCUAGAAAACCUGACAGCGGAGGAGCAGAGUGAAGUGAGGCUGGCGGUGGAGCUCAGCAAGCCGUCAGAUGAAGUGCGGUGGAUGAAGAACAGCGUAGUGCUGCAAUCUGCUGCAAACAUGGAGAUUCGGGUGGACGGCGCUAAGCAGGCUCUGGUCUUCAAGAGCGUGACGUGCGCUGACCGGGGCAUCUACUCCUGUGAAACUCUGGAUGACAAAACCCAGGCCAAGCUCAAUGUGGAGAUGAAGAAGAUCGAGGUUCUGAAGGGGCUAACGGAAACCAAGGCACAUGAGGCGGAGACAGUGACUCUCGAGGUAGAACUGAGUCAGGCCGAUGUUGAAGGCUCCUGGACCAGGGAUGGCGCCAAGUUCAAGACGGGGGCCAGCUGCCGUAUCACCGCUCUGGGGAAGAAGCAUGCCUUAACGUUGUCUGAUCUCAAGAGGGAGGAUGCGGGAACUAUUGCCUUCCAAGCGGAAGGAGUACACAGUUCUAGCAAACUGAUCGUCACAGAACCUCCCGCUGUGAUCUCCAAGCCCCUCACUGAUAUCAGCACUCCUGAGAAGGAGAAGGUCACUUUUGAUUGCGAAGUGUCCAGAACGAAUGCAGAUGUUAAAUGGUUCAAGGGUGAUGUGGAAGUGAAACCGGGUAAGAAUGUUGGCAUCCAUUCCUUGGGCCGAAAGCGAACUCUGGUCAUCAACAAAUGCGCCCCUGAAGAUGCAGGAACUUACAUCUGUCGCACCGCUGAUGACAACACGGCCGCCACGCUCGCCGUUCAGGCCAGAGAUAUUAGGAUUGUUAAGAAGCUGGAGGAUGUUGAAGUGAUGGAGAAGGAGAGUGCUGCCUUCGUCUGUGAAAUCUCCCACGACGAAGUGGAAUACCAGUGGUGCAAAGGAAGUAUCAAGCUCAAAGUCAGUGACAACAUCAAGAUGAGACAAGAGGGGAAAACCUAUACGCUGCUGUUUAAGGCCGUCACCACAGAAGAUAUGGGUGAGAUUAAAUUCACAGCUGACAAAGCCUCCUCAACUGCAAAACUGAGAGUGAAAGAGCUGCCCGUGAAGUUUGUGAAGAGACUCAGGGAUAAGAUAGCGAUGUUCAAGCACCGUGGCCACCUCGAAUGCCAAGUGUCUCGUGCCAGCGCCACGGUGAAGUGGUACAAGAACAAGCUGGAGAUCAAACACGGCAAGAAGUACGAGAUCAAAGCUGAAGAUGUGUACCGGAAACUCAUCAUCAAUGAUGUAGACUCAGGGGACGAGGACACCUACACCUGUGACGGUGCUGAUGACAAGACAAGCUGUAAACUACUUGUAGAAGAGCAGUCGAUCAGCAUUGUGCGGGAGCUCAGUUCGGUGGAGGUGACAGAACCCUUUGCAGCUGUUUUUGAGGUUGAAAUCAGCAUGGAGCUGGUGAAACCUCCUAUAUGGACUCUGAAUGGAGUACCUGUGCAGGAGAGCGCUGACGUGGAAAUGGAGAAAGAGGGAACUAUGCACCGUCUCACUUUCAAAAAGACCAAAGCAUCAAUGAGCGGACCUGUGCAGUUCACAGCUGGGAAGAGCAAGUCUUUAGCUCAGCUCGCAGUCAAAGAGCGUCCGCUUGAGAUAGCAGAGCCCAUCAAAGACGUGAAGGCAAAGGAGAAAAGCUCUGCUAUUCUCACCUGCAAGUUCUCUGCCGCACCCAAAGAGGUCAAUUGGUUCAGAGGUCAGGUACCUCUGUCAGCGUCAGACAAGUAUAACAUAAAGGGAGACGCUACAAGGGCUCAGCUUACCAUUCAAAGGUUAACAGAGGAAGACAGCGGAGAGUACCGCUGUCAGUCUGGACCUGCUGAGACCAGAGGGACACUCACUGUUGAAGUGCGGGACAUUAAGAUCACCAAGCACUUGGCGGACACGGAGGUCGACGAAGACAACGACGCAGUGUUCACCUGUGAGAUUAACUACGCAGAUGAAGAGGUGCAGUGGCUUCUGAAUGACAAGGUGCUCUUCACCAACGAGGUCAACGCCAUCGCCCACGACGGAAAGGUUCACAGGCUCACCCUGAAGAACCUGGCCCCUCAGGACGGAGGGACCAUCGCCUUUAAAGUCCGCAAAGUGAAAGAGUCUGUGACGCUACAGGUUAAAGAGAAGCGCGCUGUGUUCCUCAAGUCUCUAGAUGACGUCAUAGGGGAGGAGAAAGGCAUGAUAACUCUGGCGUGCGAGGCCUCCAAGCCAAGGGUUUCUCCCACAUGGAGAAAAGAGGGCCAAGUCUUGAAGGCUGGGUCAAAGUAUGAGCUCCUUCACACCGGCAGGUCUUUGGGGCUGAUCAUCAAGGACGUCACCAAAGAAGAUGCCGGAGAGUAUAGCUGUGAUCUUGGAACUGAGGUUUCUAAAGCCAAGGUCACUGUAAGAGAGCUCGGCAUCGGAAUUACCAAAUGGCUGAAGUCAGCUGAGGUGAAUGAAGGGGACUCGUGUAGCUUUGAGUGCAUAUUAUCUCGUGAGAGCACAGACGAGUGUUCCUGGACUCUUAAUGGCCACACCGUCACAAACGGAGGACGCUUCAAUGUCACCAGUAAAGGACGCAAGUACAUGCUGACCGUCAAGGAUGUCGUUCCUGCCGAUGCUGGCGAGGUGGUCUUCAACAUCAAAGACCUGAGCUCCAAAACAACAUUGACGGUUGAAGGUCGAGCUGCGUAUGUGUCUAAAGAACUGCAGAACGUUAGUGCUGUUCAAGGCGAAGACGCCGUAUUUACCUGUGAGCUGACGCAGUCUAAUUCCACCGUAAAGUGGGCCAAGGAAAGCAAAGCCAUCAAAAAGAGCCAAAAGUACGACAUUUGCCAAGAGGAGAAAAUCCUGAAGCUGACCGUCCGUAACGUCUCGGCUCAAGACUCGGGAGAGUACAGUUGUGAAGUUGUGGGAGGAGCAACCACUAAAGCCAAGCUGGAAAUCAGGGAGCCAAUCCAUAAAUUCACUAAAGCUCUUAUGGACAGCCGGGCCGAGGAGAAGAGCUCCCUGACCUUGCAAUGCCAGACCGCACAAACCGCAUCCGCUGUGACCUGGCUUAAAGGCCACGCAGAACUCACGGCGGGGGGUCGAUAUGAGAUGUCCCAGAAGGGGGAGAUCCUUACUCUCACCAUCAAACACCUGGAGGUGGAAGACACCGAUAUCUACACUUGUGACGUGGGCACCGCCAAGAGCAUGGCAAAGGUGACCGUGGACGCCCCGCCGGCAAAUUUUAAGGAGAAGCUCAACAACCAGGAGAAGAAGGAGGGAGAGUCUGUGACACUUUGCUGCAAGUUAUCGAAACCCGCUAAUUGUGUUCAAUGGAAAAAGGGCUCUGAAAUUCUGAAAUCUGGAGGAAAGUAUGACAUGAAGCAGGAGGAGACUUCUUGUGAGCUUCAGAUUAAGAAUUUAGAGGUUGAAGAUAGUGGAGAGUAUUAUUGCACGUGUGGGGACCAGAAGACAUCUGCAACUGUUAAAGUCAACGCAUUGCCGCCGAACUACGUCCAGAAGCUUGAGAGCCAGGAGGCCGAGGAGGGAGCCAGUGUGACUCUGCGUUGUGAGCUGUCUAAACCUGGAGUACCUGUAGAGUGGAAGAAGGGAACUGAGACCCUGAAGUCUGGAGAGAUGUACCAGAUGAAGCAGAAGGCCUGUGUCAAUGAACUCCUCAUCAAUAAGGUGGAGCCAGAAGACAGUGGAGACUACAGCUGUGUGUGUGGAGACCAGAAGACCUCAGCUAGCAUCAAGAUCAACGUUCUUCCAGUCACGGUCGUUCGAGACCUGGAGAGCCAAGAGGCAGAGGAGGGAAACAUUGUCACUCUGCACUGUGAGCUUUCUAAACCGCGACUCCCCGUCCAGUGGAAGAGAGGAACUCAAGUACUGAGUUGUGGAGAAAAGUACCACAUGAAACAAAUGGGAUUCACUUAUGAGCUACAGAUCUUCGACGUAAGACUCGAGGACACGGGAAGCUACGCCUGCUGUUCAGAGGAGACACUGUGCUCCGCCUCUGUAGUAGUGAACGCUGCCCCGGUAAUUUUCAUUAAAGAACUUGAAAGCCAAAUGGCUGAUGAGGGGGGCAGUGUGACCCUGCACUGUGAGCUUUCUAAGCCCGGUGUUCCUCUGGAGUGGAGGAAAGGAGAGCUCGGCCUUUGUCCUUGUGCAAAGUACGAAAUUAGACAAUCGGCGCAUCAGGCUUCACUGGUGAUCCACGAUGUAGACCGAGAGGAUGCCGGCAGCUACACAUGUGACACCGGUGUCCAUCGUAGCAGUGCACAAGUGGACGUGAAGGCCCAGCCGGUGCUUUUCAAAACCCAGCUGCAAAACCUUGAAAGAGAGGAAGGGGAGGGCGCCAGUCUUCGCUGUGAGACCACAAAGCCGGGAGCCAGUGUGGUCUGGAGGUGUGGGGACAGGACGCUGGCGCCCAGCAGCAAGUAUCACCUGAGACAGGAAGGAACCACAGUGGAACUCUUCAUCUACAGGCUGCAGACAGCUGACUCCGGCGAAUACUCCUGUGAUACGGGCUACCAGAGGACUUCAGCCGUCCUCACCGUGCAGGAGGUGGAGGUUAGCAUACUGAAAUUCUUGGAGAGCUGCGUUGUGUACGAGGGAGAGGACGUUCGCUUUGAAUGCAGGGUUUCUCGCGAGGACGCGCCUCUGGCUCAGUGGAAGCUCCAGGACGUCCCGCUACAGAGUAAUGAAAUGAACCUGAUCAGGUCUGAGGGUCUGGUACACAGCCUCACACUCAGAGGGGUCACCGCAGCUGACUCAGGAACGGUCACUUUCACAGUGGGUAACCACACCUCCACCGCUUCUCUGACAGUCAGAGCCGCACCUGUUGUAUUCACGAAGGAGCUGGAAAGCCAAAAGGCCGUUGAAGGAGACGAGGCCACCCUGUCCUGUGAGACAUCCAGCCCCGACUGCAGGGUGAUCUGGACGAAGGGCUCGUCUGUGCUCACCGCUGGAGAGAAGUUCUCCAUGGAGCAGAGAGCUGCCACUCACAGCCUGCUCAUACGCAAGCUGAACGCGAAGGACAGCGGAGAAUAUACCUGUGAUACAGGAGAAAAGAAGACGACAGCGACCCUGACUGUGAAAGAGCAUGUGCGCCUCGUCCGGGAGCUCCGGGAUAUGACCGUGGCCACCGGGCAGGACGCCGUCUUUGAGGUGGAGUUGUCUCAUUCAGAUGUGACAAACGGAGAAUGGUGGCUGGGAGAAAACCUCCUCCAAAAUAACGACCUGAAUCAAAUGAGCUGCCAGGGCAAAGUGCACCGCCUGGUCCUGAAGAUGGUGACCACAGAUGAAUCCGGAGAUGUUGCCUUUGUAGUGGGACAAGAGAAGAGCGUGGCUUGUCUUCUGGUGGAGGAGAAACCCAAAGUGCUAAUACUAGAGAAGCCACUCGACACUGUGGCACUAGAGGGGGAAAUGGUCACUCUGGCCUGCACCGUCUCCGACGCCAAGGCCACUGUUACCUGGAUCAGAAACAAGGUGGCCAUCCGAGCAGGUCUCAAGUAUGACCUGAGGAGCAACGGAGCACUCCACCAGCUUUGUAUCCACAACCCGGUACCCGAGGACUCGGGGACGUACACUUGUGACACAGGAGAUGCACAGUGUGACGUCAGCUUGACUGUGGAAGGUGCCCCAGUGUUCUUCCACAAGGAGCUGAAGAACCUGGACGCCGUGGAGGGCGAUGAUGUCACCUUGCGCUGCGAGCUAUCUAAGCCAGGUGUCCGCGUUGAGUGGAGGAAAGGAGGCAUAGUCCUCCAGCCCGGUAUGAAGUGUGAAAUGAGGCAGGAAGGUUGCAUUCAAGAGCUCUUGUUGCGGAACCUGGAGCCCGAGGACAGUGGUUACUACACCUGCGAUGCAGGAGACCAGCUAACCACAUCUUCUUUGGCAGUGCAAGUGAAAGAAGUCUUCAUAGUGUGCGGUCUUAAGACCGUCGAUGUCUUUGUUGGGGAGUGGGCAACUUUCUCCUGCCAGCUGUCUGGUAGGGCACCUGGCCAGGUGCAGUGGUGGCUAGAUGGCACCUUGUUGGAGAACAGCGCCUUUAGUGAGAUAGAGCUGAGCCAAGGACACAUCCACACGCUCACCUUAAAGGACCUGGCCACAGACGACUCUGGCGCUGUCACGUUCAAAGCGGGCAAUUUAACGUCAACAGCCAAGCUCUUAGUCAAAGAUCCCACAGUUGAAGUGGUGAGCGAGAUGGAGGACCUUCGGGUGCUUGAGAACCAACCGGCUGAGUUCGUCUGCCAGUACUCAAGGCCGGUCAAGGCUCAGUGGAAAAAAGACGGGCGGCCAUUGCAGCCUGAUGGCCGCAGGGUGUUAGUGGAGGAGGACUGGAAUGUGGCGCGCUUGUACAUUAGCCGUGUGUCCGCCGAGGACCGGGGCACAUACUCCUGUGAGGCGGGGGAGACCUGCUCGGUCGCUUCACUUUACGUGGAAGGCAAACCCAUUGACAUCGUGCAGGGCCUGGAGAAUGUAGAAACCUUUGAUGGAGGUGAAGCGCUGUUCGAGUGUGCCCUCUCUCGUCCCGAGAGCAAAGAUUGCCACUGGCUCCUCGAUGGCAAACCAGUUAAGGAGUCCCCCAAUGCUGAAAUUGUGACAUUUGAGAGUGGUCUUCGUCAUCUGCUGCUGCUGAAAGAGUUGAGAGUGAAAGACAGUUGCACAGUGACGUUCAAAGCCUGCGCGGCAUCUUCAUCCGCUCAACUCUGCGUCAAGCGUUGGCAGCUGGAUGUGGUGAAGCCCCUGGAGGACAAGGUGGCUGCGGUGGGGGAGAAGGUUGAGUUUUGCGUUGAGCUCACUGAGCCCGUCCCUAUGGCCGAAGUGGCCUGGUACGCAAAUGGCGUCGAGAUCAAGCCCAGUGACCUCUGGGCCACGAGGGCCGACGGCUGCUCCUAUCGACUUGUCCUGAGACGGGCACCUCUUUUGCCACCGCAGGAGAUUACAUUUGCUGCAAGAGAUGCUCUCUCUUUGGCCAAGCUCAACAUUAUCACCGUACCUGAUCCUCCAGAGGACCCGGAGGUCCUCAAUAAAACUGAAAAGUCUGUGGUUCUCUCUUGGUUCACUCCUUUACACGACGGAGGGAGUCCCAUUCUGGGCUACAGGGUGGAGAUGCGGCUGGCAGACAGUUCCCUGUGGCUUCCAUCUCACUCUGAACCCGUGUGCAACACAGAGUUUGUGGUUGAAAACCUCACGCCGGGGAGUGGCUACAGGUUCAGGGUGGCAGCCAUCAACCGAGCCGGGAUUGGGGAGCCUGUCGAGCUGCCGCAGACUGUGCAGCUUGGUACAAAGGCAAAACAGGAAGAAAGUGAGAUGAUGGGCCAACCCAGUCUGCCUCCAGAAGCUGCUGAAGAAGGUGAUGUGCACGAGCUGUGGGAGGAAUCGGCCAAGAAACGCCGCAUGAGCCGAGAGCCGACUCUGGACUCCAUCACUGAACAACCGGAGGAGGUCGUCGGUGGUCAAAAGAAAUCCGCGCAGAAAGAUUUGAAGUCCGUUGAGAAAGUGGAAAUAAAAUCAGAAGAGCAAGCGCAGGUCACCGUGUCCAAGAAGCAGACGGAGUCCAAGGUGUCCUCCAGCUCCGGGGACGUGUCUGUUGCUGGUGGUUCAACGCUCGUCUCCUACCUCAAGAAGAGCAGCACGGCUUCUGUCACAGCGACCAGCGAGUCGGGACCUAUGACCACUGAGAGGUUCUUUGAACAUUUCAAGAUGGCAGAGCAGAGAACAGUGCAGCAUACUAGCGUUGAAACAACCACGAUUCAGCAGACGGACGGACAACAGGUGCCGGCAAAGGAGGCGGACAGCAUGGAGAUCAGCAAAGAGGAUGAGCCUGAGCUCAGAGACGCCGCCAUUAAGAUUCAAGCCGCCUUCAAGGGCUACAAGGCCCGCAGGGACAUGCGACCUGUCUUCAAAGACGGCUUCAAAGACCAGACUAAAGAACCCAACGGCACCAUUCAUCUAGAAUGUGUGGCUGAAGGUAAACCCGAUAAGAUGCGCUGGCUGAAGGACGGAGAACCGCUGCAGGAUGGCAAGCACCACCACAUUGAUAUCUACAACGAUGGCACCUGCUCUCUGGUCAUCACCGCCAUCACCACAAAGGACACUGGCGUCUACUCCUGUGAGGUCACCAACAGGUUUGGAGUCACCUCCCACAGCGGUAAGGUCACGGUAGGAACGGAGAGAGAAACGUCCGCCCGACGGCCGCUGACCGUGGGCUACAGCGCCGACAGCGAGCCGGAGAGCUCCUCGGGAAGUGAGAUGGACGACUCGCUGAGGCAGGCGAGCAGACGUCUGCGGCGCCUGCUGCGCACGCGUCUGCCCCCGGACGUCGAAGAAGAACCGUUUGUCAGCGCAGACGAAGGGGACCUUGGCCACCCGGACCCGCACUCUUACAGAGAGGACGACAGUUACAUUUACAUUCGCUUCGACUCGCGGACGGAGGCCGAGGUCGCCUCGAAGAGGUUCAUGGAGAUGUUUACGGUCCACGGCGUUCCCGUGGAGACCACCAUCCUGGAGGCGGGGCCUCUCAAAGUGGAGCUGCGAAUUAGAAAGAUGGGCUACACACAAGACGGCACACAGACCCCCACACAGGAACGACAGCCUCCUGCAUUCAUGGCCGGAGCUCAAGCUGCCCCGGUGUUCUUGACGGAGCUACAAAGUCAGGAUGUCCCGGACGGUUACCCAGUCAGCUUUGACUGCGUUGUGAUCGGAAAGCCCACCCCCGCCGUUCGCUGGUACAAAGACGGCAAAUUGCUGGCGGAGAACGACCAUUACAUGAUCAACGAGGACCAGGAGGGCUGCCACCAACUCAUCAUUACCGCCGUGCUGCCCACCGACAUGGGCGUCUAUCGCUGCACAGCUGAAAACAGCAGCGGCAUCGCGGCCACCAAGGCCGAACUCAGGGUCGACAUGUCGUGCAGCUCGGAUUAUGACACGGCUGCUGAUGCCACGGAGACGUCUUCCUAUGUCAGUGCCAGGGGCUACAUGUCCAGGGAAACCGAGACAUUCGAGUCCGUAGCCGAAGAUGAUCAGUUACCACAGGUUGUGGACGAGCUUCACGAUGUUCACGUCAGUCCAGGUUCACCCGUUGCUAAGAUGCAGCUCAAAGUGAAGGGCUUCCCUAAACCCAGAAUAUACUGGUUCAAAGAUGGCCACCCUCUGCGAUCUUCAGGGAGGAUUCUGCUGCUGGCAGAGAGAGACGUUCAUGCCGUGGAGAUCCUGGAGGUGAAGAAAGAGGACAUGGGGGAGUACUCUGCGUACAUCAGCAACGCAGCGGGCUCCGCUUACUCCUCCGCCCGCCUGGUAGUUCUGAGUCCGGGGGAGAUUAUGCCACAAGAUAAAAGAGACCCCAAGGUGCCUCUAGUGCCACCUCGCUUCCUGGAAAGGUUCAGCAACAGGAAGGUGAAACAAGGAGCCAGCAUCACUCUGUCUGUCAAAGUAGAAGGCUCCCCCGCUCCGAUGGUCUCCUGGCUGAAGGAGGAAUCGGUGGAGGAUGUCCUGUGGAUCAAGCCCGAUACCAAAGGAUACAAAAUAGCCAGCUCGGGGCGCCAGCACAGCCUCAUCUUGAUGGACGUGGGCACAGAAUACACUGGCGCCUACACCUGCAUCGCCACAAAUAGAGCGGGGCAGUCCAUCUGCACGGCCCACCUAGGGGUUGAUCAGACGCCGCAACCAAAGAAGGAGCCCAAAGCCUCAGAGGUUCUCAACAUCACAGUUAGUGCUCCAGAAGAGGCGGCCGGCAAAGCAAAAGAGAGUAAAACAUCGUACCUAGGUGAAGUAGGUACCGAGGAAUUCCUCCUGAAACUCACCAACCAGAUCACUGAAAUGGUAUCAGCAAAGAUUACACAGGACAGCUCACAGAAUCUUGAAGUGCUCCAGUGGAUGAAAUCUUGGCCCAAAACUACCACUUCUUUACGCGUACCGGGCGCUGACAGCGACGAUGAGACCAAGACCCCGUCUGCGUCGCCUCAUCACGGCCGCUCUCGCCCCCCCUCUCUCAUCGCUGACUCCUCCUCGGAAUCGGACGAGGGGGACGCAAGGGGAGAGAUGUGUGACAUCUACGUGGCAACGGCCGACUACAACCCCACGUUAGCAAGCAAAGAAUCCAUCUCCCUCAAGGAGGGACAGUAUGUGGAGGUUUUGGACUCGGCUCAUCCGCUCAAAUGGUUGGUCCGGACCAAACCCACCAAAAACACACCGUCCCGUCAAGGCUGGGUCUCACCCGCCUACCUGGACAAGAAGCUCAAACUUUCUGCUGAUUCGAGUGACCUUCCGGAGACAAACUCAGAGGAGGUGUCUGAGGGUGAAUACAAAAGGAAGUUAUUCCAACUCAUCCAAGAACUGAUAAAUGGAGAGUCGGAGUUUGUCAAAGAGAUGGACUUCUUCACCUCCCAUCACCGGAAGCAUGCCGACAGCCCCGAUGCGCCGCCCGAUGUCAGCAGCCAGACGGAAGCCAUAUUCAGGAACAUUGAUGACAUCAACUCCUUCCACAGCAAGGCAUUCCUUCCCAAGUUGAACGACUGUGACACGGACGAUGAUGUCGCCAUGUGCUUCCUGAAGAACAAGGAGGGCUUUGAGAAGUACCUCCACUAUCUCGUCGGUCAGAGUCUGGCCGAGUCGGCUGUCAGCGACAAGGCCGUCCACCGCUUCUUCAAGGAGUACACAGACAAAGUACAAGCCAACGCAGACCCCGCUGACCCCCCGGUACGUAGCGUCAACGCCAGCCUCCAACAGCCACUGGAGAGGAUUCAGAAGUACAAGGCCGCCCUCAAGGAGCUCAUCCGAAACAAGGCCAAAAAUGGCCAGAACUGCUGCCUUCUGGAAGAAGCGUAUGCCAUGGUGUCCGCACUCCCUCAGCGCUCUGAGAACACGCACCACGUCUCCAUGAUCGAGAACUAUCCGGCCACACUGGACGUAUUAGGAGAGCCAAUGAGACAGGGACCCUUCCAAGUGUGGGAAGGGGCGCCAGGAAUCAGGACGUCCUCUAGAGGACACCACCGGCAUGUGUUCCUGUUUAAGAACUACUGCAUAAUCUGCAAGCCCAAGAGGGACAGCAACACCGACACACAACAAUACGUUUUUAAGAACAUGAUGAAGCUGAACAACAUUGACGUGAACGAGACGGUGGAGGGCGACGACCGCGCCUUCGAGAUCUGGCACGAGCGCGAGGACUCUGUGAGGAAGUACACCUUGCAGGCGCGCACCGUCACCAUCAAGAACUCGUGGCUGAGAGACUUCCGAGAACUGCAGCAGCGAUACAGCAUGCCUGCGUGGAGUCCUCCCGACUUUGAUGAAAUUCUAGCAAACUGCACAGCAGAGCUGGGACAGACUGUUAAGCUGGCCUGCAAAGUCACUGGUGUUCCCAAACCAGCCGUCACUUGGUUCAAGGACGGACGUGCCGUGGAGGCCGAUCCUCAUCACAUCGUCAUCCAGGACCCGGACGGUUCCUGCACUCUGAUCUUGGACAACAUGACAGCCGAUGACUCCGGGCAGUACAUGUGCUUCGCCGCGAGCUCGGCCGGCAACGCCAGCACUCUCGGCAAGAUCACUGUUCAGGUGCCUCCUCGGUUCGUGAAUAAAAUGAGGAAUGCUACAUUUGUUGCUGGAGGAGACACUCAGUUCACCUGCGUCAUACAGAGCGCCCCCAACCCCAAGAUCAGGUGGUUCAAAGACGGCCGGCUGCUGACCGACCAGGAGAAGUAUCAGACCUACAGCGAGCUCCGCAGUGGAGUUCUGGUCCUGGCCAUAAAAAACCUGACGGAGAGAGACCUGGGACACUACGAGUGCGAGCUGUCUAAUCGUCUGGGCACGGCCAAGUGUGGCGCUCGUCUCGCCCCCCCCUCUGCUGCGACUCGCGGCGGGCAGGCCAUCAAUAUCGAAGUUACUGAACAGGAGACGAGGAUACCAAAGAAAACCAUCAUCAUCGAGGAGACCAUAACCACUGUGGUGAAGAACCAACGUAUGAGGAGGCACAAGUCUCCCGGAUUGUCUGCUGCUGGACUCCACCGCUCAGAGACCUCCACCCCGGAGCCCCCCGCAGCCCGCCCGAGGAGGAUUCCCACCCCGAGAAAGAGCGCCAUCCCCACGCUCUAUGUUACCGUGCCCGAGGGCGCGGAAGCGAGCGCCCCGGCGAGCAAGCCCAGGUGGGUGGAGGUGGAGGAGGUCAUCGAGUACAAGGUCAAUAAAUCGCCCAGGCUGUCGAGGAGAAGGGGCAUCUCCCCCGCAGGGUCUGACCGAGCAACGAUUGCCCCCAGACCCAGAAGAUCCACAGCGGCGAACCCAAACACUAACAAUUCCAACAACAAGCUGGUGGAGCAGGCCCAGCUGCAGGGAGACCUCAGCAGCCAGCCGCUGUCCUGGGAAGAAGAGGAGGAGGGUGUUCCCUCUGAUUCUGCCACGGAAGUCACCGAAGAACCACGUGAGCUCUCGUCUGUCCUCAGUCCAGCUGGAGAGGACAGUGAGGACCUGGACGACGAUCAAACCAUCAUCUUUGAACCCGACGAUGAAGAGGAGGAUCAUAACUCGCUCGGAAGACCGCAGCCUGAGAUCCUGACCCGAGGCGGCCGUGUUUUGACCCUGGAGGACUUGGAGGACUACGUCCCAGAAGAUGGAGAGACCUUCGGUUUGUCCGGCAGCCGCGAGCCUGCUGCAGAGAAGCCCUGUGAGAUCUCGGUGCUCCAGAGGGAGAUCGGCGGGUCCACCGUAGGACAGCCGGUGCUCCUCAACGUGGGACGGCCUGUCGUGGUCCAGAGGCAGAGAAGCGGCUUCUUCGGCCGGUUCAGGGAGCAUCUCUCCGGCAGCCUUUUCUCAUCCGGAGUCCCACAAGCCAGCGGAGGUCAGUCCAGGACAGAGAGGUACGUCCCCAUCCAAGUGAGCCACGCAAAGGUCGAAGUGAAGCCUUCGUACCGCUCAGAGGUGCAGAGAGUCGAUGGCGGGCAGCAGAGCUUCAAGACCAAAGUGUCCACUCAGACCUACGGCUACACAUCAGUGGGCAACCCAGUCACUCUACAGAUCAGCGACGAGCUUCAUCAGAACCAGUAGGAGCCCUCUUUGUCUUAAAUGGGGACAUUUAAUGACAUGAACAACGCAUCGCUGGGUCUUUUUCUUGACGAGUUGGAAGAUAUGAGUAUUAAUAUGUUACCGUACGCAUGUUUCAGUCCCAAACUGCUUUGUUACAACUGCUUGAUGACAUUUGAUGACAUGCGGAAUGUCUUGUACAAUGUACAUGGUGGACACAGAGAAAAGGGAAAUUAAGGUGCGACAUUUUACUGAUGAGCGGAUUUGUUUUUUAGUUUAGUUUAGAGUUUUUCAAAUCAUCACAUUUCACUUAAAUAGACCUUCCAGAAUUAAUGAACCUUGACCCACUAGUAGUAACUGAUCCCGGCAUCAUCCGUAGUGACGACUAUUGCUGUACACACAAAGAAAUGAUCAUAGAGUAUAUUUAGGUAUAUAUAUUUUGGGGGGUUUUACUUUUGUACCUUUUGCAGUGCUUUAGCGUCCUGGAGCAGCAAAUGUUGGAAUUAGUGAGGUCACGUCUAGAUCUUUCUAGCUCAGUAUUAAGUUCCUUUAAAUCAAACAAACCAACAGAACUUUGUCCAGUCAAAUUCAGUUUGGGUGUUUGUUAAUUAUUUAUUGGUGAGCGGCUUUUACAAAAUGGCAUUUCUACAAGUAAGCCAUCGGUAAAGUAAAUCCUCUUCACCCUGUAUCUCUCUGUGUGACUGCAUGUGUUAUUUGUUGUUGGGAAACAGGUUUGCACCAAUAAUUAAACGUGACACUUAGUGAUGAAGUGCAAUCACCGGGUCACAUGCAAGAUAUUUAGAUUGGUGCCUGCAUUGAUCUGCUCUCUAAUGUUGUAUUUUAUUGCGAUGGAACGUUUGUGAAAGCUCAAAGUCUACUACCUUUUUAAUAGCGACUAGAAACAGUAGCUGGCCCUUGAAGAUUUGUGGUGUUGUUUUAAAAGGUAUUUUAGUCAGUUACAAAGAGCGAGUUAUGUAUUAACGUUAACGCACUGAUAUAUUGUAAUAGCCUGUCCUGUAUGUGUGUCUCUUUUUCAAAUAUGUUUGAGUUAUCUAAUAAAUAGUUGUACUGCAAAUAA